AUGCUUGUUGCUAGCAAAGAUAUGGAACCAGAAUUAGUUUGUGUAGACUCACAUGGCAAAAAAGGAAGACUGGGAGUUUUGAACGAUGGUUUUGUUUUUAAAUGUUCACUGAACUUAAUAAGAAAAAUAUUGAAUCCUAUUUGUCCUCUAUUAGAGUCAUUGAAGAAUGAAUGGCCAUUUGAGUUGGCUGCAGGCAUGAAUGGUAGAAUCUGGAUUAAAGCUAACACUAUGAGAGAAACAAUUGCUGUUGGUAACGCAAUAUUAGGAGCUGAAUAUCUGAGUGAUGAUGAAAUCAAAACCAUGUGUACUAAUAUAGCUAGCAUCCUUGCUGGUCAUGUAUCAUAA